CAUUGCUGCGAGUUCGUGUAAAGUGUUGAUGUUAGGUUGUCAACACGGUCUGGUACAAUGCUAUUCUGACCUCUUUCAUCACAUUUUUGUUAGUUCUCCAUACACCAUGACAGUGUUUAGUCGAAUCCUGUCCAAUUCAGGCCGACCAUUGCUGUCCCAGUUCUCAUCGCGUAGCCCAUGGCCUUCUGGUUGGCGGCAUUUCCGCCAGAAAGGCCGUCGAGGUCACGUGGGCAGCCAACCUAUGGUCAGGCAGGAGACGUAUGCGCCCGUGAAUUGGUCGGUUUUAGCCAAGCCCGCGGCUUUCACUUUGGGUUUCAGCGCCACAGCCUUUGUGGGAGCCACCAUUUGGCAAUAUGAGAAUAUGCGCAAAGAAAAAAAGGCCAGAUUUGCGCCGGGCAAAGGCUGGUUUGGGCCUUAUUGGGACAACUCUCCGGCCAUGCCCAAAGCCGGCGGAUUUCGGAAUGAGCUCAACCGAUGGUGGAAUAAUUUGAGUCCCGCUGACCUGUUGUUUGUGGGCAUUUGUGCGGCCAAUGUAGCCGUGUUUCUAGCCUGGCGGGUGCCCGCCCUUCAGCCCGUGAUGCUGAAAUAUUUCUCGUGCAAUCCAGCAGCAACAUCCACUGUGUGUUUGCCCAUGAUUCUGAGUGUCUUCAGUCAUAGUUCGUUCAUUCACUUGGCAGCCAAUAUGUAUGUGCUGCACGGGUUUAUGAAGCACGGAGUCCAAUUAUUGGGACCCGAACAAUUUCUGGCCGUUUACAUGUCAGCCGGCGUGAUUUCUAGCUUGGCCAGUAUGGUAUAUAAGGUGGGUAGUGGUCGCAUGGGAUAUUCAUUGGGAGCGUCCGGAGCCAUUUGUACCGUGUUGGGUAUCUUUGGCACCAUGUUCCCCAACGCGUUGAUGCAAAUCGUCUUUAUUCCGGGAAUUACAUUCAGUGCCAGCUCGGCUAUCAAGGGACUUAUGGCCGUCGAUACGGCUGGAUUAGUGAUGAAUUGGCGGUUCUUCGAUCAUGCGGCUCAUUUGGGCGGGAUGGUCUUCGGCGUAUGGUGGUGCUACUUUGGGAACAAACUGGUGUGGGAGAAUCGUUUGCCCGUGAUGCAAUUGUGGCAUGACAUGUUCCGGGGAGGAGAGCCGCCCAGGUUUAAUUAGAAAGUGAGACGUUUAUUUAUUGGUCCAUUGAAAACUAUUUAGAAUAAAUCAUUGAACUUAA